AUGGACAGCUUCGAGGACAUUGAGCAGCAACUCCUCGGCCCCGGCGGCUUCUCGGCGUUGACGAUCAAUUCGGACGACGUGGCCGGCGCCCUUCGAGACAAGCAGAAAGCCGCGGUUCCAGGCAUGAUAUUAAAGUCGCCACGCUCCACCAUCCUGCUCGACAUCAAGCCGUUGGAAGCGGAAACGAAUCUGGUGCAAUUGGAGCGGUUGAUGCGCGGCGAAUUCAUGAUCGGACUGAGCUGGGGCCCGAGCAAACUCGUCCCGAUCGCCUACGGCCUCCAGAAGUUGCGCAUCAUCGCCUGCGUGGAGGAUGAAGUCGUCUCCGUCGAUGCACUCAUCGAACAACUCGAAGCCCACGACCAAUACGUGCAAUCUGUCGAUAUUGUCGCUUUCACCGGUUGU